CCAGCUGAAAACCACUAUACAUUAAAUUUAACUUGGCGUCAGUUCUGUCUGUUGAUACCGUUGAUACGGUUGAUACUAUUUUCCUUACCUUCCAGCCAACUCCCCAAGUCAAAAUGUCAGAACAGCUAUUGAAAUCACUUGUUGACAACGAUUUUCAAGUUUGCCGGUUUUGUUUACAAUCGAACAUGGAAGAGUUGUUCGAUAUAUAUGAAAAAAUGCCCGGAAAUAUAGAUAUUAUUAGCAUUCAUACAACAGUGCGUAAUGUGCUAUCCUUAUUUGAUAUACAGGUCGCUCGAAAUGAUACGUAUCCUAACUUUAUUUGUCGCCAAUGUCGGGAUUUGUUGUUUUCAAUUCAAAAAUUUCGAGAAAGUGUAAAGAAAUCUGCACAAAAUCUAGCUCAAGCGAAACUUCUCAGAGAGUUUCCUAAUCUGAAGUUUGUUGAAUCUUCUGAUUGCAAAUAUCUACAGAAGAAUGUGAAUAUUGAAUUAGUAGAACGAGACGUAUUAUUAGAGCAAAAUGAAGGAAAAUUUUCAGAAGAAAUAUUUAUUGAUGACGAAAAUGAUGCUGCUUUUAUGACAUCGAAAAUUACACAAAAUUUCAAGGAAGAAAAUAAGAAUGAUUUAGUUGAACUUUCGGAAAACGAGUAUACCGAUACGGAAUGGAUCAUGUAUGAAGAAAUAAAUAUACCGACCGAACAAGAAGGCACUGAAGCAAUCUAUCUUGAUGAAUCUCAACACGGAAUCGAAUCCUCAAUUGAUUCAAUGUCUACUGAAGUAGCUUUAGAUCUGAAAAACGAGCGGCCAAAUGUUUCUAAAUCAGCAUCCAAACAUCAUACCGCUCCUAAAAUUUGCCCUGUAUGUGGUAUAACUAGCACUGCUAUGGUAGUUCAUAUGCGUACUCACUCAAAAUUCCGUCCAUACUCAUGUGAAAGUUGCAGCAAAUGUUUCUACACAAGCAAUAAGCUACGAUGUCACAUUAAAACUGCUCAUACUGGCGAGCGGAAUUUUCAGUGCGAGAUUUGUCAGAAAGCAUUCAAGCUGAAGAAAACGCUAAAUACUCACAUGAUGUCUCAUAUAUCAAAAAAGUCUCACGUAUGUUCGGUCUGCAAGAAAUGUUUUCUUUUCCGAUGGGCACUAGCCAAACACGCAAGAACGCAUACCGGAGAGAAACCUUUCGUAUGUGACUUGGAUGGCUGUGGAAAGAGUUUCGUUUCUUCAUCGAAUCUGCGACAACAUCAGAAAACAGGUGCUCACCUCAGGCUGCCUUGGAAGGAUGCGUGUGAUGAAUGCGGCAAACUAUUUCAAAGCAAAUAUGCUUUAAGAACACAUCGAAAGGUGCACGAGUUGACGGGAAAUACAAAAAAAUCAGAUGGACUAGUGAACGUCGUAACAAUAAUUGCAUCUGUUUGAUAAAGUUUUAAAUAUCCUGACAUAUAUUUAUAUUUGGAAGGUAAUAUUCGAAUAACAAGAAACGAAAAUGUAUAUUUUCGAAACGAAACAUUCUGAAAUCAGCAGUUCAAACAGAAUUUUUUUAUUUAGAAAGCGACGAAUCGUUCCAUUAUUCAUUUUGCAAAAAAAUCGAAAAGAUUUUCGAUUAUCAGUAGCGGCAAUGUUAAUUAAAAUAAAUCAUCAAAUAAUAGAAAAAAUUGUGAUUGACUAUCAACCAUGCUUCGCUACCAAUUACUAAAGAUG